AUCCCUGGUUGGGGAACUAGGAUACCCCAUGCUGCACAGUGCAGCCAAAAAAAAAAAAAAAAAAACUUCAUAAUAAAAAUCUUAGUUGGAAAAAAAUAGGGUCAAUCAUACUGGAAAAUGUUGGAAGCUGCUAAUUAGAUGGAAGGCGAGAGUAGUGAGGUUUGGCUUCUGCAAGUGACUGUUAAAAUGCAUAAAAUGCAUGCAUUUAUCUGGAAGACCUUAAAUCCCUUAUUAAAAACUUAUUACAUAAAAUUUCAGAUUAGCUAAUUAUGACUUUGGAAUCUUAACUUUUAAAAAGUUUCAAACUGGCAAAAUUCAAAUAAAGUGUGUAGUUAGCAUUGUACCAAUGUUAAGUCUUUGGUUCUGAUCAUUGUACUCUAGUUAGGUAAGAUGUUGUCAUUAGUAGGGGGCUGGGGGAGGGCUGUAUGGAAAUGCCCUGUACCAUUUUUGCAACUUUCCUGUAAAUUGGAAAGUAGUUCAAAUUAAAAUUCAAAAAAGUUUUCAGGCAAUUUAGUUAAGAGGGAUAUCAGAGUUUUAUUACAGUUGUGCUGCAAGGAAAAUAGCUUCUAAGCAGCCAACUCAAGUAUAUGCUCUUGGAAAGGAUAUUUUUAUAAGAAAAGAGAAUGGUUAAAUCAUUGUUAGACUAGAUAGAAAGAAGAGAGGUUAACAGUCACUAGACUCUUGUCUUAGAGUCUGCUGGGAGAGUGGCUCGUUUCCCAGGCCAAGGCUUAAUUCCAUUGAAGCUCAUUAGGAAAUUGCUUAAGCAUUUCAUCAGGAACUUUCAUUUCUUCCUAGUGGGAGGUUAUGAAUUACAUCAUGCAAAAAAGUUCUGCCUUAGACCAGGUUUGGGACAAUUUUUCUUUUAUGCAACAAAUUAUCAACGCACAUGUCAACAGGCAGUGUGCUGGGUGUCACGAAGGAGGCCAAAAUGAGGACACCAUCUUUGAUCUUGAUGCUUCUAGACAAGGCUUCGUGGUCCAGGGCUCCAACGGCGAGUUCCCCUUCCUGACCAGCAGUGAGCGCCUGGAGGUGGGUCCCAGCCCAGUCCUCUGCCUCCUGCCCUCGCCCACCGCGGCCUGUAGGGAAGACUUCCUCCUUCCUCCUGCAGCCACUCAGGCCACGGUGGAGAUGACGGUGAGCAUGGCCCAGGUCGGGGCUGACGCCGCCAUGGUGGUGACUCCUUGCUACUAUCACGGCCGCAUGAACAGCGCCGCCCUCAUUCACCACUACACCAAGGUUGCCGACCUGUCUCCAAUUCCUGUGGUGCUCUACAGUGUCCCAGCCAACACGGGGCUGGACCUGCCUGUGGAUGCGGUGGUCACGCUUUCCCAGCACCCGAAUAUCGUGGGCAUCAAGGACAGCGGUGGUGAUGUGACCAGGAUCGGGCUGAUUGUUCACAAGACCAGGAGGCAGGAUUUCCAGGUGUUGGCUGGAUCGGCUGGCUUCCUGCUGGCCAGCUAUGCCGUGGGAGCUGUAGGGGGCGUGUGUGCCCUGGCCAAUGUCCUGGGGGCUCAGGUGUGCCAGCUAGAGCGACUCUGCCUCACAGGGCAAUGGGAAGAUGCCCAGAAGCUGCAGCACCGCCUCAUUGAGCCAAACACUGCGGUGACCCGGCGCUUCGGGAUCCCGGGGCUGAAGAAAACCAUGGACUGGUUUGGCUACUACGGAGGCCCCUGCCGCGCCCCCUUGCAGGAGCUGAGCGCCGCCCAGGAGGAGGCGCUGCGCCUGGAUUUCACCAGCAACGGCUGGCUCUGAGCGUGAGGACGGGACGGCCGGACCGCGCACAUCCCAAACUCUUGCCUUGCGGUAGCAGCCUGAAGAGGAGCGCGGGGGGACGAGGGUUCAAGGCCCCUCUUCUUAUUUCAGUCAUCCAGGUAGCCUCUCUCCAGGCGCUGCCAUGCACGCUCGUUUCCUGUUCUCCCGGCCCCGUGACCUCUCGCAUUUGUAUCCUGAACUCUGGGUCUCUAGAGACCUUCAGUCUUGGAAGGAGCAAUGACUUACUUGUCUCUCUACUGUGCUUUUCUAUCCCCUGAGACACGUGAACCAGGACCCAGAGGGGAAAGUCACGGGGGCAGUUGGGCACAGAAAUGCCAUGUUUUACUGAAAGGAAGACUGCUUAGACUUGGGGGUACAAACCUGAGUCCAGCACAGUGCAGCAGGAAGCCAGGGUGACUCCUGAGAACCCAACUUCUGACUCCUUCCAGGGGAAGCAAUAGGUUGGGAAACCUGAUCAGAAAGGUGUCACUGGUCUUUCAAAGACACCCCCCCACCCCGCAAGCUGCAUUCUAAUCCUUUCCUAAACCUAUUUUGAUUGAUCUCAUAUUGUCUCUAGCCUUUAUCCCAACCAUCACGUGCACCAGUGAGACAGCCCAGUGGCUUGCCAGAACUGGUAAAUAAUGACACCUGGUGGAUAAAUGUUCCAUUCUAGAAGGCUAUUCUAGCCAACCCAGGUCUGAAACAUUAGGAAAGGGGACUUGGCCUGAGAUAGGACCAUCCUCUUGCCUAUACACACUCUGCUUUUAUUGUUAGGAACAAUUACUUUGUUACUGCAAUAAAAUUGAAUAAGUUAAAUUAGUGUGGCUAUGUACAGAUUAACACUCCACUGCUAUGCAGAUCUUAGGUUUCCAGCCCAGAUAUCAAGAACCUUCCCAGAGGCAAUUUAGCUCCCAAGGUCUGUGUUUUCCCACCUCUGAGAGAGGCCCUAAGAAUACUGAGCAAACAUAACCAUUAGAUUAUUGGAGGCCUAGGGAAAAAGUUAUUGACAUUUUAAAUGGUAGAGGUAAGAGGCAAAUAGGUUCAAGUGAGAUAUUUAGAAACACUUAGCACAUUCAUUAAAAGGCUGCUUUCUCUAAAAUGUUCAACCUUGGGAAUUCCCUGGCAGUCCAGUGGUAGCAAUCCGCGCUGUCACUUCCGAGGGCCUGCAUUCAGUCCCUAGUCAGGGAAUUAAGAUCCCACAAGCAACGCGGCAAAAAAAAAAAAAAAAAAAAAAAAAGUUUAACCUUAUUCAGUGAUAUCUGACUAGUGGCAGAAAACCUGAGAUGAAUUUUUUAAAAACUACUCUCGUA